AUGGCGGGCUACUUCGACUCGCCUGGCUCUGCGCCUCAGCCACAGCGCCUCUCGUCGCCCCUGGUCAAGCCGGCACAGGACUCGACGAGGGUCCGAUCCAGCCGAGCAUGCACCCACUGCUCGCACCGAAAGGCAAAGUGCGACGGCAACCAGCCGUGCUCUUCGUGCGCGCGUGGACGCCACGAGUGCGUCUACACCACGCCCAGGAAGCGCGGACCGCCCAAGGGUGCCCCCGCGCGUGGCGGCGUCAAGAAGAGACGCGCCGUCUCGCCCAGCGACGAGCCCAGCAGCGCCGGCCCGCGACCUCAGCUCGCAGACUUCCCUUCCAGCACCAAUCAGCGCGACAUGCCGAGCACUGCCGCCGUCGAUCAGGGCCAAACGCUUCGGCAGCCAGCACAGCAUCCCAACGAACACUUUGCGGCCGGGGUCGGCGUUGGCGUCAACCCUCUGGUCUCCCAUCAUGGACACCCCAACGGAGGCAGCCGGCUCCCUGCGAUCGAGGACGUCCUGUCGCUCAAUUCCGUCGACGCUCCGCUUUCGAGGUCGCGCAGGUCGGACGUAGACUCGGUCGUCGACGGUCUGGUAGGCGCCACUCGGCCUCGCGACCUCGCCAGCUGGGACAUUGUCGCUCGCGACGCAUCGACCAGAUCCCGCUCGAACGAGACAGGCGUCACGGCUGUCGAGCCCUCGGCCCAGUGGCGUCCAACGAACGAACCGCAGACCAGCGUGCACCCGCCUCUGAACUGGAAGCGGCCAGGCCACCUGCCCGGUCGGGCGUAUAGCCACGGGGAUGGAGUUCGGGACUACGACUCUUCUGCCAUCUACCUGUCGCGGCCAUCCACCAACACGCACCUCUACAGUCAGGAUCCCGCGCUUCAAGUCCAGCAUAGCUAUGCCCAACCUCGGAUCCCCCCUAUGGACGCGAUCGGGUCGGCGGCUACUCAGCAGAGCAACGGACCCGGGACGUACAACCGCUAUCUGACUUCGGCCGGCAGCCCGAAUAGCCUCCUCACCGGCGGCUUGGCGGCGCUGCAGUCCGCCUCGAGUCCUCCGGCGCUGGCGCAAGCCCCGAGCCCGCACUCGUCCUGGUUGCCGUCGGGCCCUCGCGGCUCUUUCUCCCCGCGGGCGCCGUCCCUGGGCCAUGGUCCUGCCACCUCGUACAACUACCAUCGCCAGCUACCAAGCUCGGCCGCGGCCACCAGCUACGAGCGGAGCAGCGGCGGCGAUGCUGUGCCUCGCGUCAAGAGGGAAAGUGCUUACCCUUCGCCCUCGGAACGCCCCCACGACGAUUCGCCGGGCACGUCGUUCUACACUUCGACGAAUCCUGGUGUCGAGGCACCGGUGGCCUCGCCUCCGCCCGGUCCAGCGUCGGAGGAUGGACCGGAUCAUGGCAUAGCGGGGCGGCGCGGCGCCCGCGACGGAGGGUCGCCGCGGCUGGCCGAGGAUCACCUGCCCGACGAGGUCAUCAAGCGGCUGCUGGACAUCUACCAGGCCUUCAUCCACCCGCACUGGCCCAUCAUCUACCUGCCAUCGAUCAACUCGCUGCACUCUCUGCGCACCGAGAAGCCGGUCCUGUUCGAGGCAAUCCUGGCGGUGGCAUCGGCCACGUUUGACUCCAAUGCCGAUACGUCGGACCCUGACCUGGUCGCCACCUCGCAGUUUGACCUCUUUCUGGGCUGCCCGGCCGAGGCUGCCGCCGUCAAACAAGCGUGGACGUCUGGGCAUCUGUGCCGCCACUUUGUCAAUCGGGUCAAGCAGAGGAUCCUCGACGGCAGGUUCGAGAAGGACAUCGCCACAAUACAGGCCUCGAUCCUGCUCAGCGUCGUCGAGAUGGGGCUUGGCAACAACUCGAGCGCGUGGCACUUGAGCGGCAUCGCGGUUCGCACCGCGCUCGAUAUGAACCUCCACAGGCCGAGGAUGCAGGCGACGGGCGCCGCUUCUGGCUCUGCCUCGACCUACCCCGGUGUUGCCGGCGUCGGUAACGGGACGAGCAACGCGGAGCUUCAGGAGCAGAAGCGGGUGCUGUGGGCAUCCUACAUCCUCGACAAGGUGCUGGCCACCGUGCUGGAGAAACCGGUGCAGCUGCGCCACAUUGACAUCGAGACCGACAUGCCGUCGGUCUACGAGCGGGACGAGUACGACCUGUGGCUCAACGACACGACGCGGCCGUUUGUGCCGCCCCGCUGGCUGCACGUCAUGGAGGGCGUCAAGGUGCAUGCCAUUAGCAGCUUCUACUCGUGGGCGCAGGUGAUGGGCAUCCUGGAACACAUCCUCGACGGCGUCUACAGCCCGCGCGCCCGGAGCGAGCGCAGGCGCACAAAUGGCGAGGCCGACCGAGCGGUCCUCGCACGCCUCGAUGAGGCGCUGCAGCGCUGGAGGCUGGCGCUGCCGCCCCACCUGCAGUGGACCGACCCGCCUGUCGCGGGCCAGCAGAUCGUCCCGCCCGGCGCGGACCGACCGGGCAUCGCGGCUCACCGUGGCGUCGGCCCUCACAUCCUGACUGUCCGGGGCUGGUACUGCAUCUGCGUCAUCCUGCUGCACAGGCCGAGGGUCCCUCAGCUGCUCACCGUGGGCAAAGCAGGAUGGUCCGCCAAGGCUCGCGGGUCGAAAGCCGAACCCAACGGCAACGGCAAUGGCAACGGCAACGCGGCGCGCUCCUCGAGCGGGAGCGGCUCGGCCCUGCACGACUUCUCUUCGGUGCCGCUGCAGCCUCAGAUGCAGAACAUCGUCUCCCCGCUCUCCCCUUCCUUCCACGGCGGCGAGGCCGCGGCGGACAGCAACACGGCGUCGACGGCGCCGCAGCCAAGCAGCCUGACGGCUCCGGGCCUGGAAAUUUGCAGCCUAGCCGCCAAGGAGGUGUGCGACAUCCUCCACGUGUACAGCACCACGUUCCGGAUCCGCAAGAUCCCCUCGAGCUGGGUCUACCUCAUCUUUCAGAGCGCCACCAUCCACUCUGCCUUGGCGCCCGGCCACGCCGCCCGGGCUCACCGCCGCCACGAGUCGAGGCUCGCCAGGAGGCAGCACCAAGAGCCGGGACCCUCGGGUGGGGGCGCGGGCCGGCCGGGCGGCCGAUCCGUCUCUGGCACCUCGUGGUCGUCGGACGAAGACGAAGAGGACGAGGACGAGGACUCGCUGCAGUCCGACGACGCUUGGACUUCGGACCCCGGCCGGCAGGCGUCGAUGAAGGAGAGCGAGCGCUACCUGAGCCAGUGCCUCAAGUUCCUCAACCGCAUCGGGCCGACGUGGCAGAUUGCCAGCCACCACGUCAAGACGCUGCAGCGGCUCUGCGUUGCCAGCGCCAAGACGAGGCCCAGCAGCCCGAUCCGUACGUUCAAGGCCGAGGACGAUGCUGCCGGACGGACCGAGAAGCAGGCUGCACGCCACGUCGCGAGGGGCGUCGGGGACUCGACCGACGCGCAAAGCCAUGGCGCGCCGUCUCUCGACACCGCUCAGGGGCUUGGCGUCGGGGACGGAUCCAACGGCCACGAUGGGGCGCACCAGCUCGGCGGAUCGACGGACUCGGCGCUGCACGACCUCGCCCAGGAGGCGGUUCGUUUCCGGGAUGGCGCAGAGCUGGCGGCGCCCGUCUACGCCAGCUCAAACGUCGACACCGCAUCUGCGCCCGUCGGCGACGCCACGGGGCUCCCGACAGCGCUUCCCGUCGCCCAGAUGCUGCAGCAGCCGCAGCCGCAGCCGCAGCCGCAGCCGCAGCUGGAUCCACAACCCUCGGUGCCUUGCGAUCAGGCAGGUGCGUCUUUGGUGCAACCGGAUCUGGCCGCCUGGGCCAAUUACUGCGCCAUGUGGGACAACAUGCCGUUGUCGUCCGAGAACCCGGCGAUGUGGGACAGCUUCGUGCGCGACAUUGAGGCGAGCUCGGCGCCGCAGCCACAGCAGGCGCAGUCGCAGCAGCCACUACAGCAGCAGCAACCGUGGUUCGAUCAGAGUGCACCAGGAGGAGGGCCAGGAGGAGGUGCAGGAGGGGGCCUGAAUGCCAUGCCGCGGUGGGGAGGCGUGGGUCUGGCGAGCACCGAUCCCCAUCUGACGGCGUUCCUCCACGGCGAGACGUGGGUUCUCGAUCCGAUGCAGCCGGGAUCUUGA